CUGCAGCUCUUUAGUCCGCCGAUAAACCCACUAAAGAAAGAAAGAGCUCGCGUGUGAUGUGUUUGUGUAUCCUCAGUGUUUUUCUCUCUUGAGUGUUUUAUUGAGUGUAAACAGAGUCUUGUCUCUGUGUAUUUUAGUGUUGAUGAUGAGAUGGAUGUGAUGUGCUGUAAAUCAGGAACUGAUCAGGGCUUACAGGAUGAGGAAUCUACUGAUCAAACCUCCACAGAGUCUCUGGAUUCUGUCUGGAACGCUGGAGAACAGCAGCAGAACCUGCAGACCAAACUCAAGAUGUGUUCAGUCAAACUCAUCGACUUCAGGAACCUCAUGAUGAAGAUAAAAACUGAACCCACAGAAACUGAACCUACAAAAGAGGAAGAUCACAUUGAUGAAGAAGAGGAUUUUAUUACGUCAGAUGUGAGGAGUGAAUUAUGUUUGGAUAGAGAAAUAACGUCAUCGACUCUUUCCUGCAUCACCGGUGGAGAGACAUUGAGCUCACGGAGACAUUUAGAGAAACUUCAUUCAGAAGAACACAGAGAGAAGAAGAAGAAGAAGAAGAAGAGGCAGUGUCACUGUGAGCAGUGUGGGAAGAAUUUUUUUACAGCAACAUCUCAUAUAAACAGACACAUGAGGACACACAGUGAUGAAAAGCCUUUCUACUGCACUGAAUGUGGUGCUGUGAAAUGCUUGGAUGUGAUUGGAUAUUCUGGAGGAGGUGUUCUUGUUUCAUCAUGGAAAGAUUGCUGUAAAGACUGUUAUAAAUACUUGACCAAACUUAAUCCAAAUAAAAACAUAAUAAACUAUAAGAAACAUGAUUGGCGGAUUAAUGAAGGAAGAUUCACUCUGUAUUGUAACAAAGGAAAACUGAUGAUCAACAUUAGAGAUCUGAACACAGAGGAUUCUGGGACAUACCGGAUUGAGGUUGAUGGUGAAUGGUCUAUUGAUAUGAAUCUGAAUGUGAGAGAAGAUUCAUGUUGUGGGGCGUCACAGACAGUGAUGGUGAAUACUGGAGAAACGGCAAACUUCAGAUGUCAAUAUUCACAGCAUUAUAAGUACUAUUACAAGAUUCUCUUUAAAGAAGGAAAAGACUCCAUUGAUGAAGUGAUCUAUAACACAUGGAAGAAGCAGAAGAGAUUCAGUAUUUCUGAUGACAAUGAUAAAAACCUCUUCAGUGUGAAAAUUAAUGAUGUGAGAUCAGAAGAUGCAGGAGUUUAUUUAUGUGGAGUUUAUAUUUACAAUCAAACAUACGAUUACUCUAUUAUUACUGCUGUUCAUCUGCACACUAUGAAUAUAUCCAUGAUCACUGUGUGUGUUUGUUUGAUUCUGCUGCUGAUUGGAGGAAUUACUCUGAUUGUUUGUAAACUCAGACACAAGAUGACAUCAGAUCCUGGAUCAGCCCAAAUUUUCCGUAGUGCACAAUUACCUACAACCCCCUCUGAUGAUCUGCUGUAUGCUGCUGUCAGUUUCCACAAGCAUGAAGAUUCAGUCAGUGAUGUUACAGUAACCUUUAGUAAGGAGGAAAUGUUAACCGACUUUGCCAGUGUCAGACGACACACACGACUCAACUAAUUUUUUUUUUAAGAAAUCAAAGCUCUUCAAACAUUUUUAGUUUUUUACUAUACCUUUAAAGAAUGUAUAUCAAGUUUAAGCUUCAAACUGUAUUUUAGCCAGAUAAAGUACAUAAAACCCUACAUUUUACACUGUAAAAAUUGCUGUGAUUAUGCAGCUGGUCGCCAGUAACUUGCUGUAGAUGAUAAAGACUGAAAAUAUUUUAUGUUCAUUUAACUUUGAACGAACUGUUCCGGGUAAACAACAUAAAUGUAAAAUCUACAGUAAGUUACUGGCAUCCAGCUGCCAGUAACACUGUAAUUUCUACAGAAAUGUUUUACAGUGAUAGCUCUUAAAUAGCCAGAUAAACCUUUGUGAAAACGUUGUUAAAAAGAGUUUGUUUAUCAGAUGCAAGAUCAUUUGAAUAACUGUUUCUAUUUUUGCAAAUUUAAAACUCAAAUCUGGGUGUACAGAAGUCUUAUAAAAACUAACUUUUUUGGAAAUACUUUAAACUUGACAAAGGUUAUUGCUGUUUAAAUAUUUAAAAUUGCUGUUUAAAAUUCUAUUAUUUUCCAAAGACUAACUGCUCU